AUACAUAUUUUUUUUUUUUUUCAACAGACUGAAGAUGUUGCCCGGCCUAAGUCUCAUAGUGUGAGUGGUGGAAGUAUACCCGGCACUAUGGCCAGCUCUAUUAAUGUACCCAGCAGUAGUGUGGCUUCAAGUGUAUCAAGUUCUAUUACUGGAACUACAGGCAUGCCCAUCGUGCGUAGAGAUUAUACAGACCCUCUCCACCUAACCAUAGUUCCAACAGUGACUCCCCUUACUGGAUGUGGUGCCUCCCCCACGAGGGGUGUUGGACGUCAAUGCUUCUCCCCUUCCCUUCAGCAACAUGUCCGCAACACCUCCUUUUGCCCCUCUCCAUCUCCUACUAAAAAGACUUUUGCUACAAGACGUAGCCUAAGUCCCAUUGCAUUACGGCCAUCACCACUUGGAGCAGGUCUCAAGCGCAAGUGGGAAAUGGAUGAACGUUGCGAACCCUUCCUAACGCCUAGCAAGCGUGCCUCCACAUGCACCCCUGAUCGCUGCAUAGGGGGAUUACUUAUUACUCAGCCUCACAGUGUUGGCAGUCUAGAGAGUACACCAAGCCCUGCAGGUCCAGGGUCACUUGGGAGUGUUGGUACUCCAGAAUCUGUAUGUUCCUCUGGAUCUCCUGGUCUCUCCACAGCACCAUAUUCACCAGCAUCUUUGGCUGAAACUCCUGCCCCAACGCCUGAUCCUCCCCCUCACUUAUUCAAGCCAGUUUCUCCAGCAUUAACAACAGAUCAAACAGCCUCAUUUUCCAACCAGGAUCAUUCUGAUCGCUUUGGAGCACAGGAUCAUGGGAAUCGCUUUGGAAGUCGAGAUCAUAAUGAACGAUUUGGUAGUCAAGAACAUAGUGAUCGCUUUGGAGGAAGAGAGGUGCGGGAUCGUUUCAGCAGCCAAGAGCAUAAUGAACACUUUGGUGGCCAAGAACAUACGAGUCGUAUUGGUAGUCGAGAGCACAGGGACCAGUUUGGCAAUCAGGAGCAUGGAGACCAGUUUGAUGGACAAGUAAAAGGGAGCUGACACUAGUGAUGGAAGUAGCAGUGAUGCUAUGAUUACUGAGGAUGUACCUACUACUGACCUCAAAAGUUACCAGGAUAUGGACCUGAGUGAAUCAUUAACACAACCUCCUCUCAACAUCUGACAUCACCUUUGACUGUCACACGUUAGGCUCGCUUGGCAACCACUACAGGUAGUAGGAAAACAGCCAGUGUAGCUUUAGUGUGAACAGUAGCACAGUAUCAUCAUUACCAUGUAUCAUCUAGUGUUAUUUGUGGACAGGUAUAGAUAUCUAUGUGAUAUGUAGACUUCCUCUCCAGUACUAACCUGCAAAGCUGUGAUGUCAUUGUUUGAUGUGGCAGGUGCACUUCUCUUUGCAAACCCUAUUGAGUGUGAUUAAUGUUAAAAUUUGAGGACAGAAUCUUGACUUCUCUGGAAGCUAUGCUAGAACCAUGCAUUUAAGUGCACAUCUAAUAAUUCCCCUUCUGAGUGAGGAAUUUUGGUCAGUUGAAGCUUUAUGUCACAUAUAUUGAACCUUGAAUUACUCUUUCUCUUCCCUAGACAACUCCCUUCAUUUAUUUGUGAUAUUUAUCAUCAUCAUCUUACUCCUGGGCUAAACUUGACAUAUCUGUAUCCAUAUUGUAUGCAUAAGUGUUGUCUAUCUUGCUAUACUGUAACAUGAAUGGAUUAUCUUGUGUUGACUAGUCGCAUUGUAUCAAACAAUACUAUAAGCUUGGGGACUGAUAUUAGAACUAUUUAGUAAUGACAAGUAGAACAUCUGACUUGGGGGAAAGUGUAUCCUACAGUAUUCUACAUUCUCUGAAGAGGAUACCUUUAUUUUAGUUAGCUCUUCAACAAUUUUGUGCCACAUUUAAACAAAGUUUAAAUAGAUUGUUAUGCUGAGAAUUUGUUGAAUCUUAACAUUUCAUAAUAUUUCUGACUACGCAAGUCAAUAUUAUGCCUGUAAGAACAUUUUCAGUGACCCUUAGUAUGUCUGAACCUGGAUCUGUGAUUCAUGGAAUAUGUCAUAAAACAAAAUAGAUCUAU